CGUGGAGUAGUCAGUCGGUCUAUCGGGCCGUCCGUCGCGCAGUUACUGACUAACUAACUAAGUAACUGACUAACUAGUCACUCGACCGCUCGCUGGGAGCGCGCGCGAAGACCCUUCUUGCCGUUUGUGCGACGAACGGCGAGCGCUAUGGACUGAGUAGCAGCGCGUGCUCCCUCCCUCCCCAUGGAGCCGCUCGGGAGUUCGGUGCUCGUGGCCGGGCUGCUGCUGCUGCUGCUGCUGCUCGCGAGCGCGCGCGCCAGGGAAGUGUGCCUGGGCACCGAUAUGAAGCUUGCGCUGCCGUCCAGCUUGGAGAACCACCACAGAAUCCUGAAGCUGCUCUACACGGGCUGCCAGGUGGUGCACGGCAACCUGGAGAUCACUCACCUGCACGGGACCCCGGACCUCAGCUUCCUUCAGGACAUUGCUGAGGUGCAGGGCUACGUUCUCAUCUCCCACGUGUCUGUUGACGUGAUACCGCUGGACAACCUGCGAAUCAUCCGGGGCAGCCAGCUGUACAACUCGAGCUACGCUCUGGCCGUGCUGGACAACACGGUCAAAAGUGCCGGGGGCCCGGGGCUCCGAGAACUUCGUAUGAAAAGUCUGACGGAGAUCCUGCUGGGUGGGGUCUACAUUUGGGGAAACCCCCAGCUGUGCUUCCCGAACCCCCAGCGGAUGCAGUGGAGCGACGUGCUGGAUGAGCAGAAUCCCCAGAAAGUCCUGCACCUGCAGCCGCGAUCGUCACUCUGCCCAAACUGCUCAGCGAGCUGUGGAUCUCGGGGGUGCUGGGGGCCGACGGAGCAGGACUGCCAGAUCUUGACACACCUGCAAUGUGCGUCCGGCUGUUUGCGCUGCAAGGGUCCGCACCCCAACGACUGCUGCCACAAGCAGUGUGCCGCCGGCUGCACGGGGCCCAAGGACACAGACUGCCUGGCCUGUCGCCACUUCAACGACAACGGGGUUUGCAAAGACAACUGUCCGUCGGCCAACAUCUACGACCCGGUUACCUUCCAGUUGAAGCCCAACAAGAACAAGAAGUUCAGCUUUGGUGCCACCUGUGUGAAGGAGUGUCCUCGAAACUACCUGGCCAUGGAGAUGGCCUGCACCAUGGUGUGCCCCAAUUCCAACCAGGAGGUCAUUGUCACCGACACCGAAGGCAAUAUGACCAAUAAGUGUGAAAAGUGUGAUGGGGAUUGUCCUAAAGUGUGCUACGGGCUUGGCAUGGACAGUCUACAGGGAGUCCUUGCCAUCAAUUCCUCCAACAUCGGCCUCUUUGACGGCUGCAAGAAGAUCUUCGGUAGCCUGGCCUUCCUGCCACAGACCUUCACUGGAGACCCGCUGAGAAACAUUUCGGCACUGGACCCCAAUCAACUGGGCGUGUUCAGAAGCCUACGGGAAAUCACAGGGUACCUUUACAUCGAGGCCUGGCCAGAAACCUGGAGGAACCUAAGCGUGUUUGAGAAUUUGGAAUUCAUCCGAGGAAGGAUGUUAUACAGGGGUGUGUUCUCGCUGGGUGUGCAAUCGCUGAACGUCGAGUCCCUCGGGCUGCGCUCUCUGCGCAACGUCGCCGGGGGCCUCAUCCUGAUACACAACAACUCGCGCCUCUGCUACACGUCAUCGCUACCCUGGAAGGCGCUUCUGCCACCGGACCGGAGCGCACAGUUUAUUGUCACUGCCAACCGCAGCCCGCAGGAUUGCGCUGCGGAGGGCCACGUGUGCGACGCCCAGUGUGAGGGCGGCUGCUGGGGACCCGGCCCCGGCCAGUGCAGGUCCUGCCAGAAGAAGCGGCGGGGGAGCGAGUGUGUGGAGGAGUGCAACAUCCGCCAGGGGGCAGAACGCGAGUACGAGGAGGAUUCCCGCUGCCUCCCCUGUCACGGCGAGUGUCGGCUGCUCAACGGCACGGACUCCUGCGCCGGUCCGGGAGCGCACCAGUGCCGCGAGUGUCUCCGCUUCCAGGACGGCGACGUGUGCGUGUCUCGCUGCCCCAGCGGCGUCAAGGAGGAUCAGUACACUGUGUGGAAGUAUCCCGAUGCCACGGGCCGCUGCCUGCCCUGUGAGGUCAACUGCACCCUAUCGUGCAAGGUGUUGGACGAGCAGGGCUGCCCCAUAGACCAGAGGGCUGGCCCUGGUACCACCAUUGCGGCCGUUGUGGGUGGAGUUAUACUCUUCCUCAUCCUGGUAGCAAUUCUGGUCUUCUACCUGCGUAGGCAGAAGCACAUGAAGAGGAAGGAGACCCUGAGGAGGAUCUUGCAGGAACAUGAGCUGGUGGAGCCGCUGACGCCCAGCGGUGCCGUGCCCAACCAGGCACAGAUGCGCAUCCUGAAAGAAACCGAGUUGAAGAAGGUUCGAGUUCUGGGCUCAGGGGCCUUUGGCACCGUGUACAAGGGCGUGUGGACUCCAGAUGGGGAGAAUGUGAAAAUCCCAGUUGCUAUUAAAGUGUUGCUGGAGAACACCUCACCCAAGGCCAAUAAAGACAUCCUGGAUGAGGCCUACGUGAUGGCAGGCGUCGCCAGCCCCUACGUGUGCCGACUGCUGGGCAUCUGCCUCACGUCCACGGUGCAGCUGGUCACUCAGCUCAUGCCGUACGGCUGCCUGCUGGACUACGUGCGGGAGAACAAGGACCGCAUCGGCUCUCAGUAUCUCCUCAACUGGUGUGUGCAGAUCGCCAAGGGAAUGAGCUACCUGGAAGACGUUCGGCUGGUUCACCGAGACCUGGCGGCCCGCAACGUCUUGGUGAAGAACCCCAACCACGUCAAGAUCACCGACUUCGGCCUGGCGCGUCUGCUGGACGUCGAUAAGACCGAGUACCACGCCGAUGGGGGCAAGGUGCCCAUUAAAUGGAUGGCUCUCGAGUCCAUUCUGCACAGGAAGUUCACCCAUCAGAGCGACGUGUGGAGCUACGGGGUGACGGUGUGGGAGCUGAUGACGUUCGGAGCCAAGCCCUACGAUCAGAUCCCAGCACGAGACAUCCCGGAGCUGCUGGAGCAGGGGGAGAGACUGCCGCAGCCGCUCAUCUGCACCAUCGACGUCUACAUGAUCAUGGUGAAGUGCUGGAUGAUCGACCCCGAAAGCCGUCCCAGGUUUCGCGAGUUGGUGACGGAGUUCAGCACCAUGGCCAGAGACCCAUCCAGAUACGUGGUCAUCCAGAACGACGAGCAGAUGAGCCUCUCGAGCCCGGUGGACAGCCACUUCUUCCGCACGCUGCUGGAGGAGGAGGGCGCCGGCAUGCAGGAGCUGCUGGAUGCCGACAAGUACCUGGUCCCUCAGCCUUCGUUCCCCGGGCCCCAGAUGAGCAACGGAUCCUUCGGGCACCACUCGUACCGGAGCACGGAGCAGAGUCCGGAGACGGAAGUCCCAGCGGGAGGGAGGAGCCUGUACUCAUCGGCCAGUACCCUUGGGUGGGGUCAGCAGCCCGCCUUACCUUUGGGAGGCACGGCGAGCAGCCCUCGGCCGUCCGCGUUACCGUCCUUGUCCCGCAGCUUGUCCCAGCGUUCCGCCGGAGGACACUCGGACUCGGUGUUCCUGGACACGGCGGUGGACGGCUGUACGUCCCCCGCCGGGCGCUACAGCGAGGACCCGACGUUGGGCUGCUUUAGAGGCGCCGAGAGCACCGGGGGGCCUCCGCCAGCCUUGUCGCACACGCUCCCCCGCGGAGCGCACAGACUUCCAGAAUAUGUGAACCAGGAGGUGACGGACGGGACCGCCGACCGGCCCUGCACUUUGCCGCGCAAGAGCACGAGCGGCGUGCGGCGCCCCCACAAUGGCCUGCGGUGCGGGAACAGCGUGGAGAACCCGGAGUACGUCGUCCCGCUGGGCAGCACCUCCCCCGCUUUCGACAACCCGUACUACCUGGACCUGGCGGCCAAGCCGAAGGCCGACGCCCGGGGCCCGCGUAAGGAGCAGAGCGCGGCGCAUCCUCCUCGCCUCGCCAACGGUUUCGUCACGCCUACGGCCGAGAACCCCGAGUACCUGGGACUGGCGGACACGUGGAGCGGACGGGCGGAGCGCACCCGAGGGCGGGACGCGUAAUCGCCCUGCUGGGGUGAGCGGGGAGGCGUCUUGCAGCAGGACCGCGUCCCCCCGUUCGCAUCCGAUGACUCCGGAAGAAAAGAUGCUCCGAAAAAUCGCGUGUGUUCGUGCGACCCUCGAGGGACGUCCCGGUCGGUCGCCGUUUUCACUACGGUUUACUUUUUUUAUAUUCAGUCCCCUGCUUCGCCCGGUGCCACACGUCCCCCCCACGCUGCAAACUUAUUUCUAAAGCGUUCCACUUGUUCAGCAUCUCUAACAACGAGCUGGGUGAAAGGUCCCUUUGUCGGCGCUGUUCUGCGACCGUUUUACUUGUUUGGACUCAUUUACCGUAUCAACGGAGCACUCGAGUGCUGGUGUGCGUGAGAAAGCUGCCAUCGCACUUUCCAGAGGCUUUAGCCCAAGUGCUCGUGAACUUGGUAAAUGAGGACCGUUAACAAACUCGGUAGCCAAUGUUUCCGUCCCUCCCGUCACGCGACGAAAUUAAGGCUAUUUAUGUAUCGGUGUUGCGACAUGUAAAUCGGGUUUAUGGGGGCUGUUUAAUAUUCAGGUCUUCACGUCAAGCACUGAUAAAGCUCAGAGGAGUCCAAGUCCAUUUUGUCGGCAUGAAAACGGCUCCGAGGACCGUCUGGCUUCGCGCCGCCCGUUCCCUGAAAGCGGAACAUUAUGCGGCAGCGGGCGGAGUCGUGGGACGCGGGGGGGCAAUGGCGACCGUGUGUGUGUUCACUGACAGCCAUUGAGAACGGUGCGAACUGAAACGGGUGGGGGGGGCAAAGGGUCCGGCCAAGACCCACCCUACUGGAGCCGUACAGUGAGUUCGUGUAAAGACGCGGUGAAAUGGAAAAGGGCCUCUGGGACACCGAACAGCAUGAGCUCAAGUAAUAAACCGGCACCAUCGCAGGGCGUCCGUGUGGCACGUCGUUCGUGACCGGCGGGUCGCCUUCGUGGGUCUGUGGUGUGUCGUGGGCGGGGGGGG